CACUGGACAUAGAAAAAUAAACGUUGGCGGAGGAUUCUCUGAUCCUUUGUUUUGGACAGGAUGCACCAGGCCUACAGUGUGCACUCAAUCCUUAAGCAGGGCGUGCAGAUAGAGUCCAUAGCGGCGUAUGGCAACCAUGUCAUUCUGGGCACCCGGAGCGGGCAGCUCAUCAUGUACUCCGUGGACAAGGAGACCGGCGUGGACAUGCGGAUGUUCAACAAGAACUUUAGCCGGAAACCGAUCACUCAGAUGGAGGUAAUUGGCGCGGAAAACUUGCUCUUUGUGCUUACCGACUACCAGGUGCAGGUGUGCGACAUUAGCCGGAUCGAAAGCAACUUCGCCUUCAUGCAUAGUUCCCCGGAUACGAAGGGUUGUACGUUGUUCACCAUGGACGUGGAUUCUCGGAAGUCGACCACCGGCGAUGUGGCCACCUUCAUUCGGGUGUGCUGCGCCAUUAAACGUCGCCUGGUGUUCUUCUUCUGGAAGCAAAACAUUCUGGCCUCCCUGAAGCUGAGCAUUGAUCUAAGCGACGUGCCCCGGACUUUGUGCUGGGUGGGCCAUGCCGUCUGCGUGGGCUACAAGGACGAAUAUGUAAUCUACGAUAUUUCCAGCAAAACUCCCAAGAAGCACGAUCUGUUCCUUACAUCCUCCAGUAUCAGCAGGGAUCCCUGCAUCUGCCUCAUCCGGAACAACAUGCUGGGUAUCUCCAAGGACAGCUACCUUGUGGUGGUCGAUCCCAGUCGAUACAAGGAUACCGAUGGAACAAACAGCUCCACUGAGGUGCGACCGGGUGGCAUGGAGACCAACAGUUCCCUCACUCCUCUGCUGUGGACAAGUCCCUUGCUAGAUUUGGUGUGGGAUGAGCCAUAUGCCGUGGGUCGGACCAACAAUGCUAUCGAGGUGCGCAGUUUGGUGGGCAGGGACACCCUCGUGCAAAGCAUUCCCGAGCUGCAAAAGACCAAAUUCUUAGUUCAUGCCGACAAGGGCACCAUCUUUGCUGCCGCCACCUCAGAGCUUUGGUGCAUCCGACUUGUGGAAAUUCCCAUCCAACGUCAACAGUUGCUCCAGCAAAAGAAAUUUCAACUGGCCAUUGAGCUGACGGAAAUAUCCGAAGAACCGGCGAAGGAUAAAGCCCAAACCAUUCGCCAGAUUCACAUGCUGUACGCCAAAGAGCUUUUCACCAAUAAGGAGUUCUCUGCGGCUAUGAAGGAGUUCGAGAAGGCAGCCAUCGACCCCUACGACGUAAUAAGACUGUUUCCCAACUUGGUGCCUGAGCCGAAACCCGGCAAUGAGGACGCAACCGUGCCCAUUUCUAGUACUCCUGCGCUGGAGGAUGGCGACCUGGAGAACGCUUACUUGGCACUGAUCGAGUACCUGGCCCUGGCCCGCCAGAGGGAAGUUGUAAAGCUUCGAGACACCAAGAGUAGUUCAAAAUCAUUGCUAGAGAUUAUAGAUACUACAUUGCUGAAGUGCUAUCUGCAGACGAACGACUCCCUUGUGGCGCCACUUCUUCGACUGAACCAAUGCCACUUGGAGGAGUCGGAGAAGACGCUGAAGAAGCACAACAAGAUCUCGGAGCUGAUAAUCCUCUAUCAGAUGAAGGGCAAGCACAAGGAUGCGCUUCAACUCCUCCAAGAGCAGUCGAGCAUUGAGGGGUCAGUGCUGCAGGGUCGAAAGCGAACCAUACGUUAUCUGCAGGAACUGGGCACUGAUCAUCUGCCGGUGAUCUUUGAGUUCUCUGAUUGGGUGUUAAAUGAGCAUCCUGACGAGGGGCUUUCCAUUUUCACUGACGAACUUAUCGAGGUGGAGUCCCUGCCGCGUGCCAAAGUUCUAGACUUUCUGAUUAGCAAACAUAAGGCACUGGUCAUUCCCUAUUUAGAGCACCUGAUCACAGUGUGGAAGGACAGCAACACCCUGCUUCACAAUGUGCUCAUCAAGCAGUAUCUUGAGCAGUUUCAGCGUCUUCUUGCGCAGCAGGAUAAAGGAGAGGAAGUUUCCAACCUAAAACCACUCCGCGCCAAGCUCUACAAGAUGCUGGAGGAAUCCAAUGACUAUUCACCGGAUCGCGUCCUAGAGCAAUUCCCCACCAAUAUGCUGCUGGAGGAGCGCGCACUCAUCCUGGGCCGGCUCAAGAAGCACGACAAGGUGCUAUCAAUCUAUAUCCAUGUUCUGGGCGAUGUUGGCAAGGCAACGGCCUAUGCGGAAGCCAACUUGAACGAUGAUGAAAACAUAUUUCACACAUUAAUUAAGUGUAUAUUGGUACCACCCACAGAGCCGCCCUAUGAGGGCGUUGCGCUGCAUCCAGAUUUCGUUCAAGUUAAUCGAGAAAUGGCUUUGCAAGUGCUGAAUGACCACGCUACAAAAAUCGAUCCAUUUGAGAUCUUUGAGCUUCUUCCCGACGACCUGCCCAUGCCCCAGUUAGAAAAAUACCUGGAGAAGUCGAUUCGCAAGAAGUUAUCUGACAAGCACCAGAUGCAAAUGAUGUGCGGCCUGCUGGAGGCGGAGGCGAAACGUCUGGAGUCAGCGGUGGAAGCGCAGCGAAACAUUAGUUUCGAGCUGAACGAGUUCAGCGUGUGUCCCGAGUGCAAGAAGCGCUUACCCAGCCAGUCUGCCUUUGUGCGCUACCCAAACGGGCAGAUCGUUCACCUAUCCUGUCACGAUCGCAUCGCCAGGGCGGCCGCUCAGCAAUAAAUAUAAAAUACUCUUUUGUGAUAUCUGAUCAAAGUAUAAAUGGCGAAUUAAAUGUAACUAUGUAUAUUA